AUGGGAAGGGUUGAGUUCGUGCUUUUCUUCUCUGUUUGUCUGGUGUGCGAUUUGAUUCUCAGUGUUAGGGAUAUGGAUUUGGAAUUGGUGAAUCGGCUAGCUGAAGUUUUGAUUCUUGAUGAUGGAGAUGGCCCUGUUCUUCCUCUUAAUAAGGUCGGGGUUGAAGAAGGUAAAAAGAGGUUAGAUUUGUGUUUGAUUGGGAAAGUUAUUGGCCCUAGACCUGCCAAUAAAGAUGGGAUUGAGAGAGCAAUGAAAGGGGUUUGGAAAAUUAACCAUAGAUUCCAGGUUGAAGAGUUGAGUUCCAAGAAUAUUUUUCGAUUUUUCUUUGGCUGUCGUGAGGAUAGGCAGAGAGUCUUUGGUGGUGGUCCUUGGACAAUUGAUAAACAAUUGAUUUGCUUUGUUAAACCGAUGGGUCUGGGUGAAGUUUCUAAGAUGAAUUUUGAUUUUACUUCCUUUUGGAUCUCUAUCAAUAAUGUGUCAUUAGCUCGUAUGACGGAACUCUUUGCUAGAGAAUGGGGUGAGCGGAUUGGUAAGCUGGAAGAUAUUAAGCUUGUUAAUGGUACCAUGAAAGUGAGGGUAAGAAUGAAUAUUACUGAGCCUCUUAAAAGGGGAUUGAGGGUGGCUAUUGAUGAUCAAGGUAAUGAGGUUUCUCUCCUCUUUCAAUAUGAACACUUACCUGAUUUUUGCUAUGAUUGUGACAUCUUUGGCCACAAGGCUUUAGACUGUCCUCUUAGAGAUUUUGCUGGAGAUAACCCACGGUUUGAUGGUGGGAGGUUCGGUUCAUGA